GUUUACAAAUUCCGUAUCGCACCCCCACAUGAUACAAAUUCAUAAACCCUAACGCUGAGUAAGCAACCAGUAAGAACCAACAACUGUGGCAUCCCUUUCAUCCCCGCAGUCACCUCCCAUCAGAAUCACCAUCUUCCCCACACCGCCGCCGAUUUCAAAAAUCUCCGCCACACAUCCCCGUACGAUGCUCCAACCGCAUGCACUAUUCCGCUUCGAUGAAGACGAAUCGUGAUUUAAAUUUCAAUCCCACACGUGCUCAAACAACAAUCACCAUUCCCAAUGCCGUCUCUUGGCACGUGACACUCUCCGAUGUCGCCGGCAUCAACGGUUUCUCCCUUACCACAUGGGUUCCAUCAAUAGGGCUGAAGCCUGGUUCGUUAAGAUCGCUUGCACCGUCUUCGUUCGUUACAGUUCAUUCGAUCGGUUUUUGUUUUAUUUCAGGAAGCAUUUAACUCCAAACCUUGUUUCAGAGAUUGUUCAUUAUAGAUUUAACAAUAUUCCUUCGUUAGGUUUUAAGGUUGUUGAAUUCAGUAGGGAGAAGUUGCAAAUGAAUCAUAAUUAUUGGACUUAUAGUAUCUUAUUGAGAUCACUUUGCGAAACGAAUCAUCAUGGUUCGGCGAAAUUGGUUUACGAUUGGAUGAGAUUUGAUGGGCAGGUUCCUGAUAAUUGGUUGUUAGGGUUUCUGGUUUCGUCGUAUGCAUUGAUUGGUAGAUUUGAUAUUUCGAAAGAAUUGCUUGCUGAUGUGCAGUGUAAUAAUAUUGGAGUAAAUGCUGUUGUUUACAACAAUUUGUUUAACAUUUUGAUUAAACAGAGUAAAGUAAGGGAUGCUGUUGAUAUGUUUUGGGAGCUUAUUCAGUUGAAAUAUCGUCCGGUGACCUAUACAAUCAAUAUUUUAAUGCGAGGUUUGUGUAGAGCUGGAGAAAUUGACGAGGCUUUUCAGCUUCUUAGUGAUUUGAGGAGUUUUGGUUGUUUGCCUGAUGUGAUUACUUAUAACACUAUUAUUCACGGUUUGUGUCGAAUUAGCGAGGUUGAUAGAGCUAGAAAUUUGCUAAAUGAGGUUUGUGUGAAAGGGGAAGUGGCACCUGAUGUAGUUGGUUAUACGACGAUAAUAUCAGGUUAUUGCAAGAUGAGUAAGAUGGAGGAUGCAUCUUUACUUUUCGAUGAAAUGAUUAGAUCAGGAACUACACCUAAUACGUAUACUUUUAAUGUUCUUAUUGAUGGAUUUGUUAAGUUGGGUGACAUUGUUUCCUCGUUAGCCUUGUACCAGAAGAUGCUUUUUCAGGGCUGUUAUCCCGAUGUUGUUACUUUCACUUCUCUCAUUAACGGUUAUUUUGUAAUUGGCCAAGUGAAACAUGCCAUGGAAAUGUGGGAUGAGAUGAAUAGCAGAAAAAUUUCUGCAAGCUUGUACACAUUCUCUGUUCUUGUCAAUGGUUUUUGCAAGAACAACAGGUUGCACGAGGCUCGUGACGUUUUGAGAAAACUGAAGCAGGCUGACGUUGUUCCACAACCAUUUGUCUACAAUCCUGUUAUUGACGGAUAUUGUAAAUCAGGGAAUGUAGACGAGGCAAAUAAAAUUCUUGCUGAGAUGGAGGAAAAGAGGUGCAAGCCGGAUAAGUUGACAUAUACCAUUCUUAUUAUUGGACAUUGUUCGAAAGGGAGAAUGGCUGAAGCAAUCACUAUCUUUGAUAAGAUGUUGGCAGUAUGUUGUGCACCUGAUGAAAUCACUAUAAAUAAUUUAAGAUCGUGUCUUUUGAAGGCUGGAAUGCCUGCUGAAGCUGCCCGAGUUAAGGAAGCUCUAUGUCAGGACAACACAUUGAGUACUUCAUUGAAGAAGAAAUCUUUUCAUGAAAGUUCAAAUGCAGAUAUACCCAUUGCUGUUUAUUGAAGUGCUAUUGCAAUCUAGUGGUUAAAAAUGCUUCCACCAUUUUGUAUUCUGUACUUGUGCACGUUUCUGGCAUGUGGUACAAAGGAAUGCUAUAAUCAGGCUGAGUGCGUCUGGUUUUGGAGAUCACCAACAUUUACAUUUGCAUGGCCAUUCCCUCCAAGCUGCUGAUUGUUUUUUAAACUGAAGCUAGGUCUGGUGUUGGUAUUUUGAAUUGCAAUUGUGAACUUCAACAAUCCUAUCCCAUGCUGUGAAUCACCGAAACCUUGACUUUUUGGCAUCCAGAUUCAAGACAAAGCACUUCUAAGUUUUUUUUGCUCUAUUUGGAGAGGCCCAAGUUUCGCGGUUCACCAUCCUAAAUCCUACACAUGACCUGAAAGCAGGUCAGUCAAUGAGUAUAGCCCGAUUCUUUACAAGUUUAAAGCCCGCCGGAUGUUACUAGUAAUGUUUAACAUAAGGCGAGUCAAGUUGAACAAAAUUUCACGCUUGAAGUUCAAUAAAUGAUUGGCUAAGUGUCUGGCCUUUGGGUUUGAAUUCUUCCAUGAAGUAAGGUUUUCUAUGCAUCCUUUUUCGCUCAUAUGAUGUCAGAGGGUGUAACAAAAGUAUUCAUCAGGGACUUGAAGAAGUUUCAACCAUAUAUGAUUUUUUUAAUUCUUUCGAGACAGGAGUUUCCCAUAAAAUAGAAGGUGAAUAGGUAAAACAUAUGGCUGAUUUGGUAAAAAGUGUACCUUUGAGGAAGAGUUGUAUAUUGUGCCUUAAAAAGGCUAUUUCCCAAAUCUCAAACUCUGCAGCCAAUUCUUGUCUUGUUUCCGCUGUUGGUUAAUUCUUUCUAUUUCAAUUUUUUAUCCAAACACACCUGGUGAAAUAAAGAGGUGGAUCACAUUAGGCAGCUAUAAACUUUUAUAAUGAUUUACUGGAAAUUUGAUUUAUUCA